AUGCUCAUCGUCAGCCGAGACAUUCCGGCACUUCGUGGCCUUACACGGCUGAAGCUUGACCCUGAUAAUCAUGAUUCGGUGCAGUCUGACAUUGGACGCUUCAUCGCGUAUGAGGUGGCUCAGCUGUCGCAGACGCACAAUCUCGACCCGCAGUUCUGUACCAAGAUCGAAAGAGAUUUGCUACGGAGAUCAGAGGGGACUUUCCUGUGGGUUGGAUUCGCGAUGCAGGAGCUCGCGAGGCAAUCUACUUCAAAUCAGAUUCAGAAUGCACUCGCAUCACUUCCGCAUGGCUUGAACAGCACAUAUUCUCGAAUCUUGAUGCAGAUCAAGGAAUCCGAUAGGCGUCAGACGGCCUUAUUACUACAGCUCACCGCCAUCGCGGUCCGUCCCCUCACUAUAGCUGAACUUGCUUCGCUCAUAGGUAAUGACGAGUCCCCUGAGGUCCCUGCCGAACGAGCGACACUCGAUGCAAUAGCAUUGUGCGCCAACAUUCUCAGGCGCGAUGACGAUCAGGUCACGUUUGUCCAUCUGUCGGCGAAAGAGUAUCUGCAGAAACAGCUGCCGAUCCUUAUGAACAACCAACCUGGCCUUCGCACUUUCUAUAUUAGUGCUGAGGAUGCUCAACUAUAUCUGGCUGAGGCAUGUGUCAUCACCAUAGAAGGCAGUAGCUUUCAGGACAACAAACUGUUCGAAAGCUUGGACGAAAAUUCCGAAGAUGAUGCAACUGUCUCAGAUAACUGGUCGCUUGCGAAUUGCAAUUCUGAUGCCGAAACCGAUUCCGACGAUCACGAAGACCUGUAUCAGUUUGAGCCGCUCCUCGAGUACGCAACCCUAUACUGGUUCAGACAUGCUGCCUAUUUGAACACCAAGUCUUCGCAAUUGUAUAAUCACCAGAGGCCCUUUUUUGGCGAACAUUCAGUCACUCGAGCGAACUGGUUGCGCGCGUACAUCUAUCAUCGAAGCUAUCGCGGCCAAAGCUUGUCUCAAGACUCUAACCUCCUAAUUGUUAGCGCCCGCUUUAACGUUCUCAAUCUGGCGAUGGCACUUCUCAUAGACCCCAGAGGUAGCUACAUAAGUCGUUGGCUCACCAGGCUCUCGCGGAGCUUCGAUUCUGCGCAGACGGCAACGUUAAACGAAGCGCUGUGUGUAGCAUGCGCAGAGGGCCACAGAGCUUUUGCCAACGCUCUUCUUCAAAUGGGGGCCGACCCAAAUGGACAUGGCUAUACGGAAUCGACACCACUCGCCGCGGCCGCAUCCCUCGGCCGUACGUCCAUUGUGCAACUUCUUGCCGAUAAUGGACUCGACACUUCUCAAGAAGAAUAUUUGGCUUAUCACAGGAAAGCGUUCUGCAAUGCCGCAAGCCAAGGAAACAACCGCCUUGUCAGACUGUAUCUAGGCGAGAUACCGGACGAACAGAAGGGUCGACAACAGCCGGGUCAACCACCCAGUUCUGACCUACUUCCUCCGUCAGGCGACCAAAAUCAGAUGAAGAAUGUUGUCGAUAUUGACGUCAAGGACACCUAUGGGAGGACACCUCUGCAACUAGCGGCGAUGUACGGACAUACCGGUGUCGUCCAAUUUUUGCUUGACAAAGGGGCGAAUGUCGAAGGAGCGCUGCAUAUGGCAGUAGCCAGCAACAGGGUGUCUAUUGUCCGGAUGGUCCUGUCGAGACAUCGAGACUGUAACGUUUUCGACGAAGACCACAAUACUCCGCUACAUCUGGCAGUCCGUAUACCAAGUUAUGACAUUGUUUGCUGUCUGCUGAAGCAAAAUGCAAGUUUUCUCCUGCGAAACCGGCAAAACUUGACACCCCUCCAGGUGGCGGCGACAUUGGGAAAUGCAGAAGCUGUCGCGCUCUUCUUUGAUAGACGCCCAAGUAACCAAGUUGAAGAUGCAAUUUGGAUAGAUGCAAUGGGGAGGGCAGCAUCCAGGGGCUACGGUAAUGUCGUGACGGUAUUGCUUGCGCGAAGAGUCCCGCCAGAUCUGAAGGAUGGUUCUGGGAUUACCGCACUGCAGAAUGCCGCGUCGGAAGGAUCUGAACAGGUUGUUAAGCUUUUGCUCAAUGGUGGAGCGGCUAUUGACGCGCUCGACAACAGCGGAGAGACGGCCCUGUUCUUCGCUACGCAAUACUCACGUCAGGCUGUCGUAAAGACGCUGCUUCAAUACGGAGCAGAUGUUACUAUUACGAACCCCGAGGGAUGGACAGCACUCAUGUUCGCAAUUCAAGGAGGCGAUGUGGGAAUACAGGCACUGCUCCUUUCGAAAGGUGCUGUGUUGGUUUGGUUGACCACCAAUGUCUGGCCUUUGCGCUCAGUGGAUUGA